AAACUUCCCUUUGCACUUAUAUACCCUCUCUCACAAACCCACAAAUUUCCUCUCUCACCUCACAAUAAACUUUAUCAGUCCUUGUCUUCCUAAAAAUAAGCAAACAUACAAGACACCCAAAAUAAUAUUCAUUCCCUUUCAUUCAUACACCCGUAACCAAAACACCACUUACCAGACACCUCAUAACCUUCCUCUCCUGUACUCAUAAAUUUUCCUUCUCAUUUCCUGACCCCAAAAACCUCAUAUUAAACUCUAAAUGACCCUUAAUAACGCCCCCUCUUGGAAACACAAGCCACGCCCCCUUCAGGUUCCUUCCUCUAUACAUGUAAACAAACACCAUCAGGAGCUCAGAAGAUGACAGGAGGCAAGGUGGAUUUCGCCCUUAUACGGGAAGCCACUCGGUUGGAAUUAGUUAAGCUCCUCGAUGGCAUCCCAGGAACUAAGGCCAUUGUGUGGGACGAGAAGCUUGCAGGACCAUUCAGUCAGGUUGCAGACUAUGCCUUCCUGCGGACCCAUGAUGUGUGCAAAAUGUACUACAUCAACAACAGCAAGUUGCCACCAAACAACGUAGCCCACAUCAUCUUCCUAAGUCGGGCACACACACAGCUCAUGGACCUCAUCAACCAGCAGCUGCGGAUGGAGGAAGCACUUGGCGGUGGGAAGAAGGACUACCACCUGUGGCUGGUACCUCGUGUCUCCCUCCUGUGUGAGCAGAGGUUGGAGGAACAUGGGGUGCAUGGUACCUUUGCCUCCAUCAGGGAGCUGCCGCUGCUGCUGUACCGCCUGGACAGCGACCUCACCUCCAUGGAGCUGCCCAUGUGUUAUAGGGAUCUUCACUUAGGUGGUGACCCAACGUGCUUGUUCCUUGUGGCUCAGGCCCUCAUGACCAUCCAAGGAGUGUUCGGCCUCAUCCCCAACAUCUACGGCAAGGGGCCUGCCAAACAGGUGUACGAGCUGAUGGUGCGCAUGAGGCGAGAGAUGGGAGGGAACGAGCCACAGGUGACACCACAGAUAGACCAGCUGAUCCUCAUUGACCGCUCGGUGGACCUCAUCACACCCCUGGCAACACAGCUCACCUACGAUGGACUUAUUGACCAGUUCUUCACCAUAAAUAAUUGCACAGUCAAGUUGCCUGGUGAGAAAUUUGCAGCACAGUCCAACUCAGACUCAGGCACAGUGGACAACGCCUCCGAGAUCAAGACAAUACAGCUCAACUCCUCUGAGGAACUGUAUGCCGAAAUCAGGGACUUCAACUUCUCAGCCGUGGGUCCUCGUUUGUCCCACCACGCCAAGUCGGUGGUGGCACAGUAUGAAGAGAGACACACAGCAAAGACCGUGGGAGAGCUGAAGCAGUUUGUACAGAAGAUACCACAGAUGGAGGCAUAUAAACAGAGUGUGGCCACCCACACAGCAAUAGCAGAGUUGAUCCAGGAGAGGAUAACCCAAGGAAUCUUUUGGCCGGCUCUGCAGAUGGAGCAAGAAUUUCUCAAGGGACUAGACACAGAUAAAGUCAACCCUUUUGUGGAGCAGUGUAUAGCACAAAAGGAAUCCCUUAAUACUGUGCUGCGGCUGAUCUGCCUACAGUGUACAGUCAACAGUGGCCUCAAGCCGCGGGUGCUGGAACACUACAAGCGCGACAUCAUUCACACGUACGGCUACCAGCACUUCCUCACCCUAGAAAACCUGGAGAAGGCGGGCCUGCUGUACCCCCACCAGGGCCGCAGCACCUACGCUGUGGUGCGCAAGACUCUGCAGCUGACUGUGGAUGACGUCAGUGAGCAUGACCCCACGGACAUGGCCUAUGUCCACUCAGGGUACGCACCCUUAAGUUCCCGGCUGGUUGAGUUCCUCCAGGUGCCAGGGUGGCGAGCCAUCACUGGAGUGCUACAGGUGCUACCGGGACCCACCCUCACCGAGACGCAGCAGCUGCCCAGCGCCCUCAGGCAGAGAAGAGGGUCUGGGGGCUCAGUGCAGAGUGGGCUGGAGGGCGGCACAGCGCUUGUCUUCUUCAUCGGCGGCUGCACCUACUCAGAGAUUGCUGCCCUGCGCUUCCUCUCCUCCCGGGUUGACCAAGGUGGGCCUGAGUACAUCAUUGCCACUACCAAGAUCAUCAAUGGGGAUACUUUCCUGGAGUCAAUUGCUGAGCCUUUGCCGACAUAAGCCAAGAGAAGAACUGCCUCCACAUUAUCUAGGAGUUGCAUGGUCUUAUGGUGUGUGCAAGUGAAGUGAGGAAUGGUGCCUGUGAUAUAUUACCAUACUACCUCUUCACUCUCCAUGGAGGGCUGCUGUUUGUCAAGAUUUAGUCUUCAGUCCAAGUAUUUGUUAAAUGAAGAGGACAUUGCAGUAUAUUGGUUUGUGACCCUGAGAGUUUAUCAUCAAAGCGUGUGUUGAGAUUAUAACAAGCUAAGUAAGAAUUCAGUAGCCUUUUGUAUGGUUUAUAUUAAUUAAAGAAGGUCUGAAGUUCAUAUAGACUGUCAUGUAUAUGUAAGAAAAUUUGAAAAAAUGUGAUUUAAAAUAAUUGAACUUCCUAUGUAAGUUAUCAUCCAUCCUUAUUUGUGUUAAUUCAUAUAUAUAUAUAUAUAUAUAUAUAUAUAUAUAUAUAUAUAUAUAUAUAUAUAUAUAUAUAUAUAUAUAUAUAUAUAUAUAUUAAACUACCAAAUUACUGAUCAGUUCAGCUUUACAGUGAUGAAUGAAACUGGGAGUAAAGUGUUUGAGAUAUGAAAAUACAGAUCAAGCAAUGAAAUGUAGAGUGACUGAGACAGAAAGAGAGAGAGAGAGAGAGAGAGAGAGAGAGAGAGAGAGAGAGAGAGAGAGAGAGAGAGAGAGAGAGAGAGAGAGAGAGAGAGAGAGAGAGAGAAUGAGUACAGAAGUGUGAUGGAUGCAGUGAGUGAAAGCCAACAGAGUGAAGUGGGGAAAAGAGUGCUGACGUAUGUGAAAGAAAAUGAGAAAAAGAGGAUUAUAGCACACAAGGAGAAGAAAUUAAUAGAGUUAUAUAAGUAUGGAAACCCUCAGGAACAGACAAGAGAUAUAGAUAGGGAAGUAAAUGUGGAAGUGCAGUGGUGGGUGUGGUAAGGUAGAGAAAGAUGUGCAAGUGUGGCUAGAUGGACAAGGUGGGGGAAAAUGUGAAUGGGUUGAUGGGUAUGGUGAGGGAAGAUGGGAAGGAAUUGGUGGGGGAAGAUGGGAAGGAAUUGGUGGGGGAAUAUGGUAGAGAGAGCCAAUGAAGGGUGAGGAGAGAAAUGUGUGAUCUGGGGCACUUAAACCUGGGUGCUUAUUCUUGUGUAUGUAUAUUGACUUAUAAUUAUGUCCCUUUAGAUUUUAUAUGGUGGCAUUUGUAGAGCAAGAGAGAGAGAGAGAGUUAAAAAUACAUUCCUAUUAAAAAUACAUUAUUUUAUUAUAAGGCCACAGAUACAAAAAUACAAAGCAAAAUCCUAUUCUACUGGUAGAAUUUUAUCCUGUGAGGAAACGAUUAAGACAAACUGAAGGAAAAAGGUGAGAAGUACAUCUACAUAUGUAAAAUGAAAUGAGUGAAGGAAGGCGAUACAAAUCAAACAAUAAUAAUAAUAACAACAUUCAUGUCAGUCAUUAUGUUAUUAUCAUCUACACUCCUUGAUGUGUGUAUACAAUGCAUGUAUUACCUUCAUUUUAUAUAUAUAUAUAUAUAUAUAUAUAUAUAUAUAUAUAUAUAUAUAUAUAUAUAUAUAUAUAUAUAUAUAUAUAUAUAUAUAUAUACAUAGGAGAUGUGAUCCCCUUAUUUCCUAUAGACAUAAUUGUCUAGACACCUCUGAAUGCUACAUUCAACAUCUAGUUCAUGAUAUGGGUAACCAUGGUGUGAGGCGACAGCAGGUGUGAAAAACUGCUGACUUUGGUUUUGGGAGAUUCAAAUGUCUUGGCCACCAGCCACUGAGUACCAAUUGUUGAUAGAGCCACAACAUAAAUCCCUGUUAUCUGAGCUUACUAAGAUAAUAAACAUCGCAAUAUGUUCCUCUCUUGUAAGGUGAUAGACUACUUCCAUGUAGAAUCCUAUCACGCUCUAUUUCGGCAUAACCAUUAGUACGUAUUUUUUCCUAUCUUAAUAUCCUGCAAAAGGCACAUAACUCAGGCAUUACUAAUAGAACAGCUUGCCUUAGUAUUGAAAUCUUGCUGACUGGAGUACCUGCAGAUCCGUGCUACCCUUAUAUUCAUAGAAAUAACCUCUACUUGCCUAUACACAUGUGUUAUGAAAGGGUAGCCAACCAGGUGAGUCAACCAGGUGAGUCAUAUGGAUAUUGAUCAUUGAUUGAUACAGUAUUCAGUUGAAUCCUUGUUGACACUCACUAAGUAAACAUGGGUAGAUGAGAAAGCUGUUGUUUAUUACAUUAUCUUUAUUCUGAAAACCCAAACUGCUGGUUGGAUGAGUGAUUACUUUUAGGUCUUAGUUAUGUAUCGCUACCAGUGCCUGUAAAUAUUAGCGAAGUUUACCCUAAAUUCAAUCUUAUAAUUGCCUUCAUUAUCCGCAUAUGAAAACAAAGCAUAUUUUUGCAAAUUAGGUCGUGAUCUCAAAUAUCCACUGCCAAAAUAACAUCCUAGUUAAGAUUUUAUUUUGCGAAAAACGAUAGAUCAUGGCCUGAACCUUUGUAAGCUGAAAUUGGAGCUUUCAAGGGUGUUUUUAAGGAUCUAGUGAGAUGGAUGUGUAGAUGGAUUCUGUAUUAGGUUCGGGCAUGAGACUAUAAAAAGAAAAAAAAAUCUUUGCAUGGUCCCAGAGAGAGAGAGAGAGAGAGAGAGAGAGAGAGAGAGAGAGAGAGAGAGAUAAAAAAAAAAGUGUAAGAGUAUUUGUUACUAAUGAAAAAGCACAAAGACUAUUAAUAUCAAUAAAAUGUUAUGGUCAAGACAACAAAAUAUGGAAACAUACUGAAAUGCAAAGUGGGAAAGAACCAAGCAACCUGCGUCUGUCCUGCCCUUCAGACAUUGUUUGAGUUCUUCUACCGCUGGACACUGAAGAGAGGGGAUGUUGGUCAUCGGUGGCUCCUGGUGGUACACGUGGCCAGGGUCUUGAAAGAGGUGGCUGCUAUGAGUCUGGCUGGCGAGUGAUGAGGAGGGAUGCCCUGCCCAGAGACGCCUUGACUUGAGGUGGCCACUUGGAACAGAUUGGAUGCCUCAACGCUUGAUUUCUGGCAGCCAGCUGCUCUGAGGACGGUGCUUGAUUGGGGGAUGAAGGGAAGGAUGCACGAUAGUUUGGUAAGUUCUGGUAGUAUAGUAUUGGAAUUAUAACAUUCAGAUUACUGUAAUUUUCUGAUUAUGCUGUUAAAUGUGUUGAAAUAUUUUAACUUGUAUAUUUUUUGUUUGAAGUAUGAUUGUAUUUAUUGAGUUGUCACUUGUGUAACUAUCAUAUAUGAAUAAAAAUAUAACUUCAAA